CGCCACAUUCUUUCCUCGGGUACACCUCUAAUGAUGUUUCAAUUGCGAAUCAUAAUCGCUCACCAACACACAACUGGUGCACAAUUCUUCCAAAUCUUAUUAUCUUGUCGUCGGUGGGCCUACCCAAUGACCACAAAUUGAUAACCGUUUGAUUGUGAGUUGGGAUCAUUAUACGUCCGUCGCGCACCGCGGGUGGCCAAAACAAAAGCAUCCAUCGACAGCACGACUUAAUUUGACACCGAGAAAUCAUGUCUUCUGUCGAAUGUAUACACAGAGAGGAUGAAUACGACCCAUUCGAACAUCGCAAGGUGGAGAAACCAACAUCCACCAUUGGAACAUUCAUCCACAUGAUCAAAGGAUCGCUCGGAACGGGUAUUAUGGCCAUGCCCUUGGCCUUCAAAAAUGGAGGACUAAUAUUUGGCGCGAUUGGAACGGUAGUGAUUUGUGUGAUCUACACGCAUUGUGUUCAUUUAUUGGUUGGUACAUCUCAAAAAGCUUGCAAAAAGGGCCAAAUCCCAGUGCUAGGAUAUGCAGAAACUGUGCAUGCCGUCUUCAGUGAUGGCCCGUCCAAAGUGAGACGAAUUGCCAAAUUCACGACGGGAUUCGUCGACGUGAUGAUCCUCAUCCAGAGCAUCCUAACCUGUUGUCUUUUUCUGAUAUUUAUCGCCAAAUCACUUCACGACGUAAUUUAUAAUCAACUAGGUGUAGAUUGGGAUGUCCGCAUCUAUAUUCUCAUAGAGUUGGUACCGAUCAUCUUCAUCACGCAGAUCCGCGAAUUGAAAUAUUUGGUCCCGUUUUCACUAAUUUCCAACGCGUUGCUAAUCACUUCCAUCGGCAUAACGUUGUAUUUCAUUUUGAGCGAGCCAUUUUCUCUGGAGCACAGAAAUAUGUGGCCGCAGUGGAGUACCGUUGCAUCGUUUGCCAGUGCAGUAUUGUUUGCAAUUCAAGGAAUACGUUAUGUUCUCCCUGUAGAGAAUAAGAUGAAACAUCCGCAGCAUUUCCUGUUCAGAUUCGGUGUGCUGAACUUAGCCAUGACUUUCCUGAUCUCACUCUACAGCGUCACAGGAUUCUUCGGUUAUGCCCAAUACGGUGAGAAAACUGAAGGAUCCGUCACUCUUAAUCUACCAGAAGAUAAUCCUUGGGCCGAAUCAACGCGACUGCUGUCCGGAAUCGGCAUCAUGUUUUCCCUGGGCCUCAGCUACUACGUUCCCAUGGAUAUCCUGUGGAAUCACAUGCACCAGCGCCUUUCGAAGCAGUGGCACAACUGGGGCCAGAUUAUAGUUCGCUUUACGAUGCUGGUCAUUCUGGCGGCGGUAGCAAUAGGAGCACCGGAGAUAAGUCCGUUUGUUGGGCUGGUGGGAUCAUUUGGGUCCUCAACGCUGGCCAUUUUGAUUCCCGUCGCCCUGGAUGUGAUCUUCCGGUGGCCGAGCGGUUUCGGGAGAAUGAAAUGGGUGCUGUGGAAGGAUGUUGUUUUGUUUAUUUUUGGGAUGUUUAUUUUAGUAGCUGGAACGUAUUUUAGCUUGAAAGAUAUCGUUGCAAUAUACGAAUAA